AUGGCUCGAAGCCAACCUCUGGUGAGAUUUUUCCUUCCACGGCAUUGGAGAGAUCAACCGCCGGUAGCCACAGAUCUUUUCGUACUAGGGUCGACUCUUUACGAGUUUACGCAAGGCACCAGCCCGUACGAGGAGGUUCCUAGUGAUGAGGCUGAAGGACUUUUUACUCAAAAGGAGUUCCCCGAUAUAUCUCAUACACUGAGUGGAAUAGUCAUCAAACAAUUUUGGCCAUCUCAAAUUGAGUCAGCAGCGGAUGUGCAAAAUUCUACCUGGACUAUUAUAUUUCGCACAGCCAACGUCGACUGUAUCCCUCACCCCGAUGAUCCGGGCACUGCUCAGGAUAUGUUGAUUGACCCAUUGAUUCCCCCUAGGGUUGGGGCAGUCCACGCCGCUUUGUCUUGCUUCGAUACAUCUAUGUAG